AUGAGUACCACCAGCUCGCGCUAUGAGUAUGAAGGCCACCUAUUCAUAGUGUACGAUCAGAGCCAGAGAGGAAAGGUUCCCAAGCGUCUAGCGCAGAGGGGAGAACUGCGCUUACACCGCGGCCCCAAUCCCGAGCGGUGGGAUUAUCGAACUCAUCGCCCGGUGAGGUUUAGCCGUAUGGCUGCUUGA